GAAUUUAUUGCCCAGAGUUGUUUCUCCCAUGGCUAAUCCCAUCUCCAGCAACGCAGACGAACUUGCAAGAUCUAUAUCAGAGGCAGCACCAAGCCAUUUCACACUAAAGAUACAGUCAUUUUCGUUACUUACAAAGAAUGACAUAGACAAAUAUGAAUCUGGAGAGUUUGAAGCUGGUGGAUACAAAUGGAAACUGGUCCUGCACCCAGGAGGAAACAAAAGCAGGAAUGUGAAAGAGCACCUUUCUUUCUACUUGACGUUGGCUGAUGUUAGUUCUCUCUUUCGUAAUAACUGGGAGGUCCACGCUUAUUUCCGGUUGUUCUUGCUCGAUCAGCGCAGCGACAACUACUUGAUAGUUCAUGAUGCCACGGGAAAAGCCAGGCGGUUUCACAGAUUAAAGUAUCAAUGGGGAUUCGAUCAGUUCAUCCCAAUUAGAACGUUUAAUGAUGUUUCGAAUGGAUACCUCCUGGAUGACUCUUGUGUAUUUGGAGCUGAAGUGUUUGUUACCAAGGAAAUGAGCUCCGGAAAAGGAGAAUGCUUAUCAAUGAUAAAAGAUGCCAUCAGCUCUAAGCAUGUUUGGAAGAUUGAAAACUUUUCCAAGUUAGAGUCAGAAUACCAUGAAUCACAGGAAUUUUUUGCUGGUGAUCAGAAAUGGAAAAUACAGCUUUAUCCAAAAGGAAGACGACAUGGGUCAGGCAGUCAUGUCUCCCUGUAUUUGACUUUGGCAGAUUCAGCAACUCUUGCGGCUGCUUCUAAAAUAUUUGCAGAGGUCACUUUGCGUAUCCAGGAUCAACAACAGAGCAGGCACAUUGCUGGAAAAGUAAGUCACUGGUUUAGUGCCUCAAGCCAAGAAAGUGGGUGGGCAAAAUUUGCUUCCUUGGUGUACUUCCAUCAUUCAGGCACUGGCUGCCUAGUGAAGGAUAUCUGCAUGGUGGAAGCAGAGGUGACCGUCAAUGCAAUUGCUAAUACACUGUAACUAAUGUUUGCUAUAAGAAAAUUCAAGCUGUAAAAUUUGUAUUGCAAUGUCAUAAACGAAAAUUGACAAUGAA